GAACAUGAGCUCGUGUUGAUAGCUAGGAACAUAAUGUUCGCUCAUGAUUUUCUAUUCUUGAAUUUAUACCCAUAGAUUGGGUUUUUACAUUUUAAUAAUUUCUUUUGACGCUGUGUCGUAAUGGCUAUACCGGAUGCUAUUCAGACGCUGUCUGCUGCUUUCUCAUUUGGUAUUCUUCUGCAGGCAGCAACAGGCGCAUUACUUAUAUAUGCUAGGGGUCAUGGUUCAAAUAUCUUCAAGGACGGCCGGAGGCUGGUCCUCGUUCUGUUCUUGUUGUUUUCUUUACUAUGGGCACAGAUUGGGUUUUUAGAACUCCUAAUGCCGACGACGGGUACCGGAGUUUGUCAGGUCGGAUUAAUAUUCACAACGGGCUUCGAUCAGUUGGCAAGGGUGGCACUCGAACAAUUUUUGUUGUGGUCGAUUGGGCAUGGAACGAAGGUCACCGCCAUUCGAGCUAUCUUGCAAGGGCUAUUGGCUGUCCGAUUGAUCGUGGGAGGCGUUUUGGUCGGAAUCACUCGCCCUCAGUUUUCACCUACAUGUGUCGCCGAAACUUCGAUAUUACCUGUGGCAAUUGUAGUUCUAGUCAUGGACCUUAUCAUUGUUGGAGCUUUAGUCGUCCAGGCCGGCUCUUUGGGGAUGUUUGGGGAUCGACGUGAAGACCGAAAACUCCAGAGUCGAGCUCUAUUGUCGGUCAUUGCAGGCUUCGCGGUUUGGACAGUAACCAGUGUACCUAUGCUUCUUGGAAUACCAAGCAUUAUCUUAAUCAUACGGACUGUCGUACCAGCAAAUGGCCUUCUUGUGCUCAUUGGCAUAGUUACCAUCUUUCCGGUAGCAUUGUUGUCUCCAAAGCAAGAGGAUUCUGUCACCGCCGGUGCAAAAUCUCCAUUCUCUACUAGCCCGAUGGCAUCAUCUCGAGGGAUAUUCCAGAAUGUCAAUCCUUCCUCAACGCCGCCUCAGAGAGAUAUGCGAGGCUUCACGAAACUUGCCGACGAUGGAGACUCAGGGGAAACACAAGUUCCAGGAGGUGUAUUUCCUGCUGUUUUUGCUGCAUCAUCGCUGGCUUCGGGUCAAGCAGCAUCCAAAUCAGCUUCUAAACUUCCAAAAGUAUCUGUUCGAGGGCUUGCCAUAUCGAAGCCCAUAGUUAGUGACGAAACAGACCCUGAUACACCUUUUGCCAAGAUAGCUACGAUUGAUUUGAAGACUGCUAUAAUGAACGAUCGCGAACGAAGAGAAAUGGCCAGCAGAAAGUCUCCAUUCAAUACUCCAAGAGCAGUUCCUCUACGGCCAAGAAUGUCACCAGAAGAAAUGUUAAACAAAGCCAAUGAAUCUGCAAGGAGAGGACCACCAAAUGAACCCAAAGAGUGGGUGGCUGAAUCUGGAAUUUCAACUUCUGCAUUACUUUCGCCUGCACAGGAAGUGCGACGUCGUUCGCCACGAGGAAUCAAUAAUUUAGAAACACUGGAAGAGAAACAGACUUACAGACCUAUUGUCGGAUUGCCAUCUAUGCCUAGAGCUCAGAAUUCAAUGCCACUUCGACAGAAUGCUGUUACUCAACCAGAAACAGUCAUGUUAAUGAACGAUAUCAUCUAUGAUAACCCUACAAUAGUACAGUCUAUAAUCAGCAGAACCCCUGGACAUUCCAAACAAAAGUCCUUGCAGGAACUUUCCCCCUUGACUCCUUAUACUUCGACAUUUCAACCACGGGAGUCUGUAAUUGAUAGAGCGAGACCUAUUCCUCGGCACAAGAAUACUGGCAUGUUUGGAAAUGAGCCCUUGCCAGGCCACAGGCGUACGAAAUCAGGCUCUUCCAUAUUCAGUCGGAAAUCUCUCUUCAAUAUUUUAGAUGAUGCACCAGAGGUGCCUCCACUUCCACCAAAGCCACAUCCAGUGUAUACUGCUGCCGAACUAAAGAAAAUUCUACCUAAUGAUACUAAAAGUAUGACGUUUAACGAGAAGAUAGAGUUCUUAUUUCCAGCUCCGCCAGAAGUCGGUAUGCUCAACAAUCGCCGAUCUUCCGUUCCAGAUCUUCCCAGCAUGGCUCGUCAAUCAGCUAUUGAAAAUGAGAUGGAUUUGCAAAACAACCCUAUUUCAAAACGGACGACAACAAUCGCAGCAGUCAGCCCACAAGUUUAUCUAACAAACCAGGAUUCGACCGAAGUCAAUCUUAAUCGCGAAACUUAUCGUUCAAAUGCAGUAGGAAGUCCAUCAAAAACGUUGGUGUCAAGUCGGAUUUAUAGCGACGCAAGUAUUCUCAAGUCAAGGAGCGAAACAAUCCCAAGUAGCUCCCAUAAUGAGAAUGCCCAAGCAUCAACUCCUUUGGAUGAAGAUUUUUUGAGCGAGACUAGUCCAUCAAUUGCAUCUGAUACAUAUAGAAAUUCUUCAUAUUCUACAUAUUCGCCACUGAGGAGUCAAAGGUUUACACCUGACGUUGAGAGGUUGGAGAGAAUGUCGGAAAUCCCGAUGGAUGACGAUGAGGAUGACGGAGAGGUCAUGGUUGUCAUGAUGGAUUCUGCUGAACAUCGAAGAUCUAUGGCUGAAUCGGCGGCGGGUGACAGGGAAUCUUUCAUUUUCGACAUCAAUGGUUUGCCCAUUGAAGCAACGCAUACUCUCCCAACAUGGCAUCGACGUAUCGGUGACGAACUGCCUGCAUUUUCCGAUCGAAGGUCAAAACACGGAUCGCGGAAAAUGUCACCUCCUACUGCCUUACAGUUGGAGCCACCACGUGGAAGAGCAUCUCCAAUUCUCAUUCGCAACGCAGAGCCAUCUCCACAAUUAGACUCACCAGGAAGGGCACUUCAAGAGAUACAAGAUCAAUUAAAUCGUAUUGAGGAACCAAGACGUCCGUCACUAGGAUCGAUUCUACGUCGCAUGCCAGCUACAGAAGAGCUCGAAAACCUCGACUAUGAUGACGGCAUGGAGAGGUUACGAUUACUCGAAAAUCUCGAAAGGGAAAUGGGCGAGCAAGAAAACGAUUGGCAACAGAUGCAUCAGAACUUCAGUCCUGGCUCUGUUUCCUCGCUUGGUUCUCUUUCUACGCCAGAAUUACAAGCGUCCCCCGAGCUUAAAUCUCCCAUGGAGACAGCCGAUCCCAAGAGAUUAUCUUUGGGAUUGCGCCGCACUUCAUCUCGAGUCAUACGUCAACGGAUGAGAGAGAAUAUGGCUGCGACAUCUGCAGAAGAUGAGAUUAUGUCUUCCCAGGUCCAAGAAAAUCCUGGGUUGGGUGACUGGCAGCAGCGCUUAGCUAAUGCACAAAUGUCUUACAUGGAGAAUGCACCAACAAUCUCUCAUUCUCGAAGUAGCAGUAUAAAUUUCUUGUCGGUUUCCAAAGCACCAAUGGAGAGCCCUGCUCCACUUGAUACCGAUUCAGAGACCGAGCCAGAAAGCGCAUAUGAAGGCGAAUAUGAAAGCGAGGAAGAAAUUAUGGAUCAUGAACCGCCAGUUAGCUCGCCAUAUCGUGCAAAUCUGUUGUGGCAGCCAGUAGUGCACUCACCCAAAUUAGAUGUCUCGUUACUUUGGAGCGCUGUUAAUGACAACGCACCCAUGCAGCCUAAUCAAUCUUCUGAGCUUCCAGCAAAGGACUUACGUCCCGCACAGCGAAGAAGCGAUGUUGAAAUGGUACUCAGCAGCAAGAAUUUAUGGUCAAAGUCAUCUCCGAACAUGAAACCCAGCAGUGUCUUAGUACAAGCGUUGUGGGGAUCAACGCCAGUUCAGGCUGUUCCUGUUAAAGUUCGCCCUGUGACCCAAAAACCCCCGAGAAGAUCUAGGCGUAUCACACUUUUGGCAGACAUUGUCGAAAACCCUGAGCCUCUCCCAAACAAGCGCGAUACAUUGGGAAUCUUUCAAUUUCCAUGGGGUGAGCGUUCUGACACAGCGAUACCACAGCCAGCCUACAAUCCGUCAUUCCAGGCUAGACCACCAUUGAACUCGAUGCUUGAAUCGAGGUCCCAUCAAUUAGAGCCCGAGCUAUUGGAAUAUUCAUCCACAUCAUUCUUUGAUUACGACGAGGAAGACGAGUUUGACUCUGAGAUGGAAACUGAAAGCGAUGAUGAUUUCGACGAGACCACUUUGUGGGAAAUUGCAAGCAUGCUCAAGACUACUGACCUUCCAUCAAAAGAUAGCUUGUUGCCGCCACCAAAGCCUUCCCAGAAUAUAGUCACUGAUUACGAUGAUUAUGAGACGAGCUCAGAGACUGAUUUUAGCUCAGAAAAUGAAGAUUAUGAGGAGUUUAAUAACGAGUACUAUGGAGACUACAACGAGGCUAGAAACUCGACGAUCAUAUUUUCUCAGGAAGAUGUUCUGAAUUCUGAGGAUAUGGUUCUUUCUAAUAUGGCAUCACCACUCGUCGUAUUGGAUGAACAGAGCUCUCAAGAGCUGUUAGAAUUUUCAGGUGAUUCUUCCAGGUCUCUGGUUGAAGACUCGCUACUUUGGGAUCACACCCCGUCACCAAGCACCAAGGGAUUCGAGUAUGGCUUACCUCAACCAAAUUCGGAUGUCUGGCAAGCAUACAUCCCAUCAUCGCAAGACAUGGUUCGAACGAAAUCCCAACCAUCUCUAUCAGUACCUGAACUCUCAAGCCAUAGCCUUUGGAAUGAGGAAGACAGUGAUGUUUCCGAGGAACUAGAGUCAAACCUGGACCUUUGUUUCGAGAUUCAAUCGCCGCCUGCCACUUCGAUGAGUCUCAUGUGGACUCCUCCAGCGGUUUCCUUUGAAGUUCCAAGUUAUGGUCUAUUCUCUAUCGAUGCCAAUCGUCAAGAUUUCCGCACAACAACACAAACACCGGCUGCUGCCGAUAUCAAGAAGAUUCAGCGGGCAAACUCAUCUGUACUAUCCAUCCUUUCUUCCGAUAAGUUGUGGUCUAUCGAAGAUUUUAUGCCAUGCACAGGAAAGAACUGGAUAUUGACAAGUGCGAUCAAACCAGCUUCAUUGACAGUUGCCGCGAGUCACUCUUUCAUGUGGACUUCAAACCCAGUUGUUGCUAGUGAGACCAUCGAAGGUCUAUUCCAACCAAGAACGUCUCGUACCAAUUAUCGCACGACCGAGCUAGAGCCAGCUGCAUUGGUUUUGACAUCCAAAGCAAGAAGUGCACCAGGAACCCUCCCAAAGCUAGUAUCCAACAAACUUUGGCGGCGUCAACCAUGCCUAUUGCACCUAAAGCGUGAUCAUGAUUGGAUUUCGGAAUCUUCCAUUCGACCAAGUAGUCCAUCGAUAGCAUCCGAGACAAGUUCUGGAAGAUCUUCACCUGAUAUUUCAGAUGCAUCGUCUAUCGCUUCAACGAGUACUAAAGCAUCGUCAAUCUUCUCUUUCGCUUCCGUUUCAUUGCCUUCCGUUUCCAUGAGAAGAACUCUUUCAGCUAAGAAGAAGGAAGAAGUCAUUCCACCACCGCCACCUCCUGCUGAUCCAAGCAAGUAUCAAUCCAAGCUACCUGUUCGUCAGGUUUCUCUUAAACCAACUCCAAGAUCUCUCCCAAAAACCUCACCAUCAACACCACUCAGACAGUCGAAGGUCUUGUCUUCCAGAGAUAUAUUCGAGGCAAGAAUUCCUCCCAAUUCUGAAAAGCCUCAGUUUCCGAAAUUUCGUAGAUCUGUGGUGCCAAAGCAACCAGUCAAACCAGCUCACAGAGCUAUUAGACAUCAAUAUAGAUCUACCGUUGCUUUCCGUGCAAAUUGGGAAGAUGCUUUGAACGAAGCUAUUGUCGCAGGAUUGCCUAGAUCGAAAACAACAUCUGCUGAAUGGGAUCUUUCUCUGAACGAGGCUAUAACUCUCGGCACUCCACCAGCUAUCGAAGAACCCCAGAUAGCUUUGGACCUCUUGGAAUUAGAUCUCAUGGAUUCUGUUACAGAAAGUACUAACGGGCCAACAUAUUCCGCUAUCUAUAAUCCCGCAAUCCUCCACCCCGUCUUUUUUACCGAAACUCUCGUCUCAGACGUGGACAAUAUUCAUCCCGCUGCUGUUGGACACACAAAACUACUGUGUCUCACAGCUAGCGUUAAUGAUUGGGAUCGAGCAUUGGGAAAAAUUGUGCCCACAAAUACAACACGAGUUCAACGUCCAACAGCAUUCGCUUUUAUGUGGAAAGAUGCUUUAAAAGAGGCCAUUGCUGCAGGAACUCCCAAGGAAAUAGAGUCAUCUAGUACCAUCGAGAUCCCAAGAGAUACUGUUGCAACAAAUGAAAGUGUUCUUCCACGCUAUGAUGUUUCAUCGAUUCACCCAGUCUUCUUCGCUGAUACUCUCAUUUCAACUACAAUGGAUAUUCACCCUUCUUGCAUCGGACAUUGUAUCGUCAUGAGUCCUGAGCCAAUCCCCAAUUCUAGUCUUUGGGUCCCCAAAUCAGCGAGCAUAACGUUAGACGUAGACAGUGGUCUAUGGACAGAACCAUCGAAGUCUGUUUACGAUAUUCAGCCACAAUUUGAGACGUCACCGCUCGAUCAUUCUCGAAGAAUUAUUGCGCAACGGGAUCUCGAAUUGUCUACGCUGGAAUCUUAUGAGCUUUGGCAACCAUCUUCAGUUUCACGCACUCCAAGAAACUGGCUAUAUACUUCGAGCAAGUCCAGAGUUAACCGCAAUCUUCUAUUCCAGAAACCUGUCGUUGAGAUUAUCAGCAAUAGUGAUGCUUUGAUGUGGGAAUUGCCGACAAAAAUCAUCCAGUAUACUCCGGACAUGUUUGCAAAUUUGAAGCACGAUCACGUCCAGAGGCCUUCAGGUGCCCGUAAUUUACUUCUCCCAUCUCUGGAAUCUACAGAACUUUAUACGGUUUCGGAAAAGAGUGAGCCUGAGAUUCACUGGUUACAUACAUCCAUCGCGUCAUCCAUCGCCGCAGGUCAGAACAUCUCUACGAUGUGGACCGCCAAUGGGUCAUCUACUCCGGACUUGUUUUCAAGCAUGAUGUAUGAGCCUAUCAAGAAAAUCUCUGCUGCUCGUUCAUUCGUUCUUCCAUGCCUAGAAUCUUCGGAGCUUUUCACGCCUAAGGAUAAGUCACAGCCAGAGAUCAAUUGGCUACGCGCAUCUAUUGCACCUAUCGCACCUAUCAUUGCUACCCCAAGAGAAUCCAUGAUGUGGGUAGCAUCUUCGGUAUCAACUAUAUCCACUCCGGAUCUAUUCGCGAAUGUGAAGGCCGAGCAUGUCAAGAGAGUUUCUGCAGUUCGCCCUUCUACUUUACCUCAUCUAAGUUCAGGAAGUCUCUUCAAAGUCGAUACCGUAAAGAAGACCGAAGUCGACUGGCUUCGUGUAUCUACUGUGGAGCCCGUAAUCGAAGAAUCGGUUGCACAAGCAACUGUUGAUGACGAACCACUCGCUAGAGAGUCUACAUUUGAGGACCUAAUGGCUGAUGUAGAAAAUCUUACAGAAGAGGAGAUUGCCGAGCUAUUGGCUGCAGAUGAAUUUAUGACAGAAGAAGACUUGGUUGAUAUGUCCAUUGUAGAUGAGCCCCUAGUCAAUACUGGAUCGAACUUACUUGAGCUUGAGAUAAUGGAUAUGCUCGAAUUAGAGUCUACACCUUCUGAAGAGCUACUAGACCUCGGUGAGCCUUUAUCACGAGCCGAACAGUUAUGGACCUCAUCCCCACAGAUUGCAGCGGAACUCUCCACCGGUAUAUGGAAAGUAACUCCGGUGGCUGCCAUCGCUCGUCCAGAUAUCUUCAUCAAGAGCAAUGAAUCGCACCCUCAGAAGUUGUCAACCUCCUUUCAUGCUCAUGUUGCGAGACUCGAGUCGUCACAGCUAUUCACACCAAGCUUCGUUUUCAAAAAUGAAAUCAACUGGCUUCACACCUCCUGCUUACCUGCCGUCUCGAGUUCGAAUCCAGUAUUGACUCCAAGUCUCAACGAGACCCCAGCUGACUUGAUCCCAUCCCCCGUGCUUCUCAACGCAAAGACUUGGAUGCCCAGGCCGUCACCUAUAGCACAGGUCUCUAUGGGGGCCAUGUGGAUGCCAUCCAUAACACGUAAUGAAAUUGAGCUCCCUAUGUUCUCCAAACAAUGCAGCCAACCCUUGAUCCGAAAGAACAGACAGGAAUCUGAGAAGAACAUCGAAAGCACUGAAUUGUGGACAAAUGAGAGAAGCACUCCGGAAAGCCCCAAACACUGGUUGUUGGGCUAAACAACAAUAGAACGGAAUCUUAUUGAGUGAUCAUUGUAUAUUAAGUAUAUUUGAUGAAUAUGUAUAGUAUAAUUUGUGCAUUUUGGGUUGCCUCUCUUAGAUGUGUACGAAAGGGAGAAUAGAAGCGGAGGAUACAGGUCGGGACGGUGCAUAUUGCAUAUGGCGUAAGAAAGGAUGAUACCCGCCAAUCAUGUAGAUAGUUUACUCACGAGUCAUUUCUGGAAUUUCUCUGUAGCAAUACUCAAUAUACGUUA